CGCCGGAGAUGCGAUCAAUCUGACAGAAGUUCUCAUGACACCAUAGCGGGGUCUGCUGGAAAAUAUCUCAGUUGUUUGAAGUGAAAAUGGCAGUGGAGAAGCGCUUGGCAUUCUCUAUUGUGCAGUUCCUGCGAGAUCAAACACACUGUGUUGCUUUGAAUUCCGAUGAGCAGGAAAGCCUCGAAGUUGCCAUACAAUGUUUGGAGACCACCUUCAAGAUCAACUCCAGUGACUGUCAUCUCGCAGCACCACAACCUCUCACUGAAAUAUUCCUCAACUCUCUCCUCAAGAAUGACCAGAAUAACCUGGUGCUACCAGAGACAUCCCCGUCACCAGAAGACACAGAAAGGGCAGAACAGUUGAAGAAUGAAGGGAACAAUCAUAUGAAAGAGGAGAACUACAGCUGUGCGGUGGAGUGUUACACAAAAGCCAUCGAUUUAGACCUCCGAAACGCUGUCUACUACUGUAACAGGGCUGCAGCACACAGUAAACUGGGGAACUACACAGAGGCAACGGGAGACUGUGAAAGGGCCAUAGGGAUCGACCCUAGCUACAGUAAAGCCUAUGGGAGAAUGGGAUUGGCAUUGACUGCUAUGAAUAAGUACCCAGAGGCCAUCUCCUACUUCAAGAAAGCUCUGGUUUUAGAUCCAGAGAAUGACACCUACAAAUCCAACCUGAAGAUCGCUGAGCAGAAACAAAAAGAGGCAUCCAGUCCUAUGGCUAUGGGACUGGGAUUUGACAUGGCCAGCCUUAUCAACAACCCUGCCUUCAUCAGCAUGGCCGCCAGUGUGAUGCAGAACCAACAAGUGCAACAGCUUAUGUCAGGGAUGAUGUCCAAUGCGGUCGGGGGUCCAGCAGCAGGAGUGGGAGGACUGUCUGACAUCUCCAGCCUGAUUGAAGCUGGUCAGCAGUUUGCCCAGCAGAUCCAGCAGCAGAACCCAGAACUGAUCGAACAGCUGAGGAACCACAUCCGCAGCCGCUCCUUCAGUGGCAGCGCUGAGGAGCACUCGUGAUCCACACAGCUUACAUUUCAAUAGAGGAAGGGCAACCAUAUGUCGUGAUUACAAUCUCUACACCCAUUCCUUAAACUCACAUCACCGGCAGAGCUGGAAUGAAGAGACAGACGGAGAUGGGGAUGAUGGCACUUUACUGGGACUGUAUCUUCAGAGAGGACGGGAGAGAUGUGAAACAGUCUACACCUUCUACAUACCUAAUAAGAAGAGAAAGUAUCCAACACAUUCUAUGUAGAUACUCAAACAGGAAAUAGAGUAUCAACCACAUUCUAGACACCCAAUUAGUUUCAAAAACAUUCCCACCAAUCUGGAGAAAGAAUAUUCUACACAGUUCGAGACCCAAUCAGGAGACAGUCUCAACUAAUUAUUCUAAAUAUCCAACCCAGUGCACAGCAAAUAUUUAAUCUUUCCUCAAUAAUGUUCCAUUCCAAAUGGAUUUCUGUGUUUUUCUAUAGUGUGUUGUAGUAGCAACGUGGAAACCAUUUCCGUGUUCCUAUACUUUGGUAUAUUUUGUUGAUCCUUUGGUCCGCACUGAUUUCACUGAUCCAAAAGAAUUGUACGUAGGAGAAUGCAGGGGUGUAUACAGUGAGGUGAAACAUUUAGAUAGAAAUUAAAUUAAUAGAGCUGAUAGGAUUCCCUAUUCUACAGUACCAGUCAAAAGUUUGGAAACACCUACUCAUUC